CUGCAGAUUGGCCGCCUGGAGGGCUGCUCCAGAGUGGUGGGGAUUGCUGGCACGGAUGAAAAGUGCUCGAUCUUGGUCCAGGAGAUGGGGUUUGAUGCUGCUAUCAAUUACAAGAAGGGGGAUGUGGCAGAGCAGCUCCGUGAGCUCUGCCCCCACGGUGUGGAUGUUUACUUUGACAAUGUUGGUGGAGACAUCAGCGACACGGUUAUAAGUCAGAUGAAUCAGAACAGCCAUAUCAUCCUGUGUGGACAGAUCUCUCAGUAUAACAAAGAUGUGCCUUACCCGCCUCCGCUGCCUCCCCACAUAGAAAAAAUACAGAAAGAAAGGAAUAUCACGAGGGAAAGAUUCCUGGUGCUGAGCUAUAUGGACAAACAGGAAUCCGGUAUAUUACAACUCUGUCAGUGGAUCCAAGAGGGUAAACUGAAGGUCAGAGAGACCGUGGUUGAAGGCUUAGCAAACAUUGGUGCUGCUUUCCAGUCCAUGAUGAGUGGAGGCAAUAUUGGAAAACAGAUCGUCUCAGUUUCGGAGUAAAAGUCGUUGAUUUGGGAGAAAUAAUCAGAUUCUGUCCUCAACAGUGAGAAAAUUUUUACUUAUACUGAUUUCCACUUUCUUAAAUAAACCAUCAAGUUGUUCUAUAUGUACUGAAAGCAGAGAUUCUGGGAUGCUAAUAAACUAAAUAGAACUGGAAACAAGAA